AUGUAUGUAUUAGCGGAUAAGUCCAGAAAAAGUGAACCGGUAUUUGUGGUCAGGUGUCCCAAAUUGGUUUGCGUGGUUCCCAACCGUCAUAUGCCCUCCGCUAUCACCUAUAAACACAUGUCUUUCCUCAAGACUGUCAUUAUAAUUCUCAAUUUCAUAUUAUGGCUGUUCGGGUGGACUAUUCUGGGAAUCGGCAUUUGGUUGCGAGUGGACCCGAAGUCGUACGAACCAAGUCGCUUCAUCGACACCGACAACAUGAUUCACGCCAGUCUUAUUAUGAUUAUCACUGGUUUUGUAAUUAUUUUGAUUGGAUUCGUUGGACUCAUUGGAGUGAUCACUGAAAACUCUUGCCUUUUGGCGACAUUCUUCACAGUCCUCACGUGUCUAUUCGUUAUGCAAAUCGCAGCCAUUGUUUUGGGAAUAUUUCACGGAUUUGGAGAAAGAUUGGAGAUAUUUGCCAACGAAGAGAUACUACAGAACCUACAACAGGCCCAAUACAACGACCAGUCCCGCAGAUUCCUCGACUUCUUUCAGGUUAAGUUGAGAUGUUGUGGCGCCCAAUCAUUUAACGACUACGCGAGAUAUGGGAUGACAAUCCCGACGUCCUGUUAUUUGGCCGGAACUACAUAUGUUAACGAACAGGGUUGUGGUCGAGCGCUGAGAAGAUUCCUUGAACUGAGAUCCGGAAUAAUUGGUUUAUUGUGUUUGUUUUCAGCUUUGAUUCAAUUAGUUUUGAUCGCUCUCUCCAUAACACUAUUUUGUUCAAAACAAUCAAUCGAUUCAAUCACAUAGCAAUCAAAUUCACGGAUUGUUAACCAAAAUAUCUUAAGACAUGACCUCAACAGACAAUAAUGUAUUAUAUAUUUAUGUAAUAAUCCUAAUAGACAUAAACUAUUGUAUAGGUUUUAGUGCGGAU